AUGGGUGCAAACCAGGCUCCAAAAACCGUCUCAGAACUGGUACUGGAUAUUCCAUCAAUUAGAACUCCUCCGGCACAAAACAGCACACCACCUAUUGAUUUAUCAUCAACACAUUCUGAACAGGAGACCCUUGAGCCAUGGGUGAUAUGGUGCAUUGGGGAAUAUGGUGAUCUGUUGGUUAACAAUGGUACUGAAGAUCCAAUAACGGUAACGGGAUUUGAUUUAAAUGACGUUAUCGAGGAUGCUAUUACUUGCCAUAACUCAGAUAUGAGGACAAAAGCGAUGGCAUUGGCUACUCAAGUGAAGUUGUCAUCCCGCGUUCCUUCUAUCUCAGAGUGAGUAUGUUCAAGUCUUUUCGGUCUCAGUGUGCAAUCUGUUUCUAUCUGAAAUAGUUCAUCUAAUAUUUUCUUUCCGCCCGUACAAGCUUUUUGUUGGCAAACAAAUUAAAUCUCGAUGGAAUCUCUUUGGGUUUUCACUU